AUGGUGACCACAAGAAAUAUGAGCGUGGACGACCCUGUGGAAAUGAUCCGAGUCUUGCAGCAAAAAAUGGACGAAAUGCAACAGCGUCACGAGGACGAACUGGCGGCCGUAAAGGCCGAUUGUGAAGCCCGGAUAGCCCGGGAGGUUUGUAGGGCGGAUGGAGAAAAGGGGCGAUCGAAGGAUAAAGGAAAGGCGACGGCGGAAGAACGCACGCCUCAAGACACCGAGCGUGAUAGCACCUGGAAGCCUACCGGGUCCGAGGCGGAGGGAAGUAAGGCUAAAUCGGUGCAUGCGGAGAGCGCUGCCGAGGACGGACGGAUGAUAGUAAAGUCAGAGCCCUCGUCCACUUUGUUGCUUCCCUUCACCCAAAACAUAAUUAAUGUCCAAAUUUCUGAACAAUUCGUGGCUUCGCAAUUUAAAAUGUAUAACGGGACAACGGACCCCGCGUCCCAUAUCCAGACGUUCUCGAACGCAAUGGCGUUCCGAACGGGCAAUGAUGCCAUUUGGUGCCGAGCGUUCUCGCUUUCGUUAGAGGACGAAGCUUUGGAAUGGUUCAACACCCUCCCCCCUAACUCCAUUGAAAACUUUGCUGGGUUAAAACAGCUAUUCAUCAGACAAUUCGCGGCCAGUAGUACCCAAGACUUGACCGUAUUCGAAUUAAUGACCCUCAAGCAGGGGAAGGAUGAAGCGCUGCGGACGUUUAUGGACAGGUAUCAGAAGACCGUCCGGCGCGUGAAAAGCCUGACGCCAGAGCUUGCCCUUCACUAUAUCCUGCCGGCUCUAAAGCCGGGGCCGUUUAAGGAUAGGGUCUGCAGGCGAGCGCCCAAAACAAUGGAAGAGUUGAGGGAACGAGCGGCGGAUGAGAUAACGGUGGAGGAGAUGAAGCUCUCGUACAAAAGGGAGAAUCAGGAGGCCAGGGGAGAAAGGACGGACGGUAAUAAGCCCGGUUCGUCAACGGGAAAGCCGUCCGGUCCUAGGCACAGGGAGCAGAAGAAGGGACCUCGCUUCCAGCAGUAUACACCCCUGAACGCCCCGAGGGAGAAAAUCCUCCAAGAGGCCUUGAGCGCAGAGUUGAUAUCGGAGCCGGAAGGGAUCCCGACUCCGAAGAACGCCGACUGGAGUAAGCGUUGCGCCUACCAUAAAAAUAUGGGUCAUAACACCGAGGAGUGCUGGACCCUCAGGGAUAAAAUAGAGGAACUUAUCCGGGCGGGAAAACUCAAGAAAUACGUUCGUGACGAGCGCCCGUCAAAAUCAACCAAUCGACCUGCUCAAAGGUCGACCUACCGGAAGGAUAAGCCGCGGGAUUCAAGAGCGGAGCGGCCUCGCUCAGAGAGGCGACAUAGCCGAAGUCGCAGCCGCAAUCGAGAACGCCCCCUGAGGGGGCACAUCAACACUAUUUCUGGAGGAUUCGCGGGAGGAUCGUCUUCCUCCGCCCGUAAGCGCCAUGUUCGAGCCCUCCAGUCCGUACAUCUGGUUGACAAACCACGUCGCUCCAUGCCGCCCAUUACCUUUUCGGAUGAAGAUUUUCACGCGCCCGACCCUGACCAGGACGACCCUAUGGUCAUAACCGCGGAGAUAGCGCGCUACGGAGUCAGCAAAGUUCUGGUCGACCAGGGGAGUUUGGUCAACAUCCUCUACUGGAAGACCUUCCUGCAAAUGGACAUCUCAGAGGAACUUAUCGUCCCUUAUGAUGGGCAGAUAGUGGGGUUUGCAGGAGAAAGAGUUGAUACAAGGGGAUAUGUGGAGUUGAGGACAAGGUUGGGGACCGGUCGCUCCGGCGAGGAAAAGAGGAUUCAGUAUCUGCUAGUAGAGGCAAACACCUCGUACAACAUACUGCUCGGGAGGCCGUGCUUAAACGCGUUUGGAGCGAUCGUCUCAACACCCCACCUCGCGAUGAAGUACCCUUGUGAGAAGGGAACUAUAUGCACGGUCCGGGCGGACCAGAGGACGGCACGGGAGUGCUACGCGGCGGGGUUGAAGCUACACGUCCGACCAGUAAAGAGGCGGGCGGCCGGCUCUGAGGUGGCCAUGGCAGACCUCGACCCAAGAACGAAUACCGAGGACCGUCUGGAGCCUAUUGGAGAAACCCAACCUAUCUUGAUAGGAAGGGAACCCACUCAGACCACCCUCAUCGCCAGGGAGCUGAACCCUGAGAUGGAAAGGGAGUUGAGGGCACUCCUAUGGAAGAACCGGGAUUUAUUUGCGUGGACGGCAGCUGAUAUGCCAGGCAUCCAUCCCGCAGUGAUGUGCCAUAAGCUCUCGCUUUUCCAAAACGCCCGUCCGGUCGCCCAGAAAAAGCGAAGAGUGGGCGAGGAGAAACGAAAGGCUGUGGAGGAGGAAGUAGAGAAGUUGAAGAAAGCUGGUUUUGUUCGAGCGGUCACGUACACCACGUGGCUAGCUAACGUGGUUAUGGUGAAAAAGGCCAGUGGAAAAUGGCGUAUGUGCACUGACUACACGGACCUGAACAAAGCCUGCCCGAAAGAUUCACACCCCCUACCCAGUAUAGACGCCCUGGUGGACGGCGCCUCUGGACAUCGAGUACUAAGUUUCUUGGAUGCAUAUUCCGGAUACAACCAGAUACCCAUGUAUGGGCCGGACGUCGAAAAGACGGCAUUCAUAACGGAGAAGUCCAACUUCUGUUCCGAGGUCAUGCCAUUCGGCCUGAAGAAUGCGGGGGCGACGUACCAGCGCUUAAUGGACAGGAUCUUCCGGGAACAAAUAGGCCGGUGCAUGGACGUAUAUGUGGACGACAUGGUAGUCCGGUCCGCGGAUGGAGAUGGACACCUUAAAGACCUUGAGGAGGUGUUUCGCCAAGUAAGGAAGUUCGGCAUGCGCCUAAACCCCGCCAAAUGUACAUUUGGGGUAGCUGCCGGAAAGUUCUUGGGCUUCAUGUUGACAUCCAGGGGGAUCGAGGCCAACCCGGACAAGUGUGACGUGAUACUACAAAUGCAAAGUCCGACCACCCUUAAGGAAAUCCAAAGACUGGUCGGACGCCUCACCGCCUUGUCCCGAUUUAUCCCCAACCUGGCGGAGAGAAUGAGGCCGGUCCUGCGAAAAUUGAAGAAAGGGGCCGGCCCGGCCUGGGACGACGAAUGCGAACGAGCGUUUCAGGACGUCAAAACCAUCCUUGUCAAUCCAUCGGUCAUGAACCGCCCGGUCCCAGGAGGGGAUCUGCAUAUCUUCCUGGGAGUGUCAGAGACGGCCAUUAGUGUCGUGCUAAUGCAAGAACGGCCUCAGGCGAGGCUAAUUUAUUUUGUGAGUCGCACGCUCCUAGACGCCGAAACCCGAUACCAGCAGGUAGAGAAGGUGGCCUUAGCUUUGUUGCACGCAUCCCGAAGGCUUCGUCCUUACUUCCAAAGCCAUCAGGUGAUAGUCAGGACCGACUUCCCUAUCUCCAAAAUCCUCAGGAAGCCGGACUUAGCCGGACGGAUGGUGGCAUGGGCGGUUGAACUCUCGGAAUUCGGCUUACAGUAUGAGCCGAGAGGAUCGGUCAAAGGCCAACACUUAGCAGAUUUCGCGGCCGAGCUACCACCGUCCGGCCAGGACGAGUGGAGCUUGUAUGUGGAUGGAGCGUCUGGUCGAUCGAUCAGCGGGGCCGGCAUCGUGCUCGAGGGCCCCAACGGAUUCUUGCUGGAACAUUCCCUGAUCUUCAAGUUCAAGGUAUCAAACAAUAGAGCCGAGUAUGAGGCACUGGUGGCCGGCCUCGAGCUGGCAAAAGACAUGGGGGCAAGGAGAAUAACCUGCCGGACAGACUCAGAGCUGGUAGUGGGUCAAAUGAAUGGCAACUUCCAAGUCCGAGAGGAACGCUUAUUGCGGUAUUUCCAACGAGCAACGGACCUCACAAAAGCGUUCGAUAAAGUUGACAUACAGCACAUUCCCAGGGAACAAAACACGAGGGCAGACAUACUGUCUAAGCUUAGUUCGGGAAAGGAAAAGGGACAGUUAACUACUGUCGUGCGGCAGCUUCUACUUCAGCCUUCAGUAGAGUGUUCGGCGGUGUCCGACGGGGGAAAAGAUUGGCGAACAGAAAUCAGAGCAAUCAUGACUCGCCAGGAUGAAGGGCGAACGGUAGGUCCGAGCGAAGCCAAGAAGGUCGCCCGGUUGGCGGACGCUAAAAGCCCGGCUACUGAGAGCCGGAUAUUACUGGCCUACCGUGGAAACGGACACAAGGGCAUUCGUCCAAAGAUGCGUUCAUUGCCAAGAGCAUUCCAACAACUCCCACCUGCCGCCGCACGCCCUCCACUCAAUAUCAUCCCCGUGGCCGUUCGCCCAAUGGGGUAUGGACAUCGUAGGACCGUUCCCAGUAGGACAGGCAUAGAAGAAGUUCCUCCUGGUGGCGGUGGAUUACUUUACCAAAUGGGUAGAGGCCGACCCCCUGGCAACCAUCACGGCCGCCCAGGUCCAGAAGUUCUGCUGGAAAUUGAUAUGUCGUUUCGGCCUCCCUCGAUCAAUCAUCACAGAUAA